AUGCCUCUAAAACUUGAAGGAAGCUGCCAAUGCGGCGAAGUCGAAUUUAGUCUCGACUCCUCAACCCCAGUUCCCUAUCAGCUCUGCGCGUGCAGCAUCUGCCGCAAGAUCGGGUCUUAUGUUGGUGCCGUGAACUUGGGCGGGAUUGCGGAUAGUCUGAAGAUUAAGAAGGGGGAGAAACUGAUUAAGAAGUACAACGCCAUCAAAGCGCGCGGCACAAAGGACGAGGCGAAGUGCUCGUCGGAGCGGAACUUUUGCUCCAAUUGUGGGACUAUGCUCUGGCUUUGGGACGGGACUUGGCCUGAACUGAUUCAUCCGUUUGCGUCGGCGAUUGAUACGGAUCUGCCGGUUCCUGAUGAGAUGGUUUGUAUCUUUGAGGACUCGAAGCCGGCGUGGGCUAGGUAUCCCGAGGGGAAGAAGCAGGUAUACAAGCAGUAUCCGGCGGAGAGUUUGGAGGAUUGGCACAAGAAGCAUAACUUGUUCUAUGAAUGA